GACAGCACAGCUGGGGAGGGCUGCGGCUCACAGCUGCAGAGAUAGUAAUGGUCAGCAAGGGCCUGUUUUCAUUUGGCAUCCAAAUAUUCACCGCUAAGAGCAGGAACUUGAACGCACGAUGACACGAGGAAAGAAUCUUGAACUUUACAAGUCUUUUCAGGACAGCAAAUUCUGGAUGAUUUUUCCUACAGAUUCCACUCAAAGGGAUCUACUGAAGCGACUCAGAGGAAAAUAAAAGGACCGCAAACACCGACUGAGGAUCACAGAAACCACCAUGACAAGAAACUUCUCCACCACAGCCGCCCCGACUGGGUUUCCUAUCAUGAACAUGACCACCGACUCCCAGCACACUUGUGUGGAUUACGACGCUCUGCAGAUCCCGCUGGCGGUGCUCUACUCUAUAAUCUUCGUCCUGGGUCUCGCUGGGAACCUGGUGGCUCUGUGGGUUUUCUUCUGCGUGCACUCGAAGAAGAACUCGGUCCGGGUGUUUCUCAUAAACGUUGCUUUCGCGGAUCUGCUGCUGGUGGUGUGUCUGCCCUUCAGGAUACUCUACCACAGCCAGGGGAACAUCUGGAGCCUGGAUCCCACCUUGUGUAAAGUGGUGGGCAACGCCUUCUACAUGAACAUGUACAUCAGCAUCACUCUGCUGGGGCUGAUCAGCAUCGAUCGAUACAUGAAGUUCCAUCGCAGUGCAGGGAUGCAGCACAGACUGAAGUCCACCAGAUGGAGCGCUGCCCUCUGUGCCUUCGUCUGGACAGCGUCCUUUACUUUAAGUUUAGUGCUCAUGAUGUCAAAGAACCACUCACAUACAGACAGGUGUUUCCACUACAAGCUACUCCACAACGCUCGGUGGAAAGCCUACAUCAACAUCUUUGUGGUGGUCGUCUUCUGGCUCGUGUUCAUCGCUCUGAUGGUGUCUUAUGGGAAGAUCGCGCUCAAGCUCCUGAAGGUGUCACAGGACAAACCAGACCUGCCCAACGCCUCCCACUACUCUCGGACUGCCAGGAAGUCCUUCUUCAUCCUCUUCCUCUUCACUGUCUGUUUCGUCCCGUACCACAUGGUCAGAGUGUUCUACAUCAAAACCCAGAUCACUGACACUUCCUGCUAUUGGAGAGGCGUGGCGGACAAAGCCAACGAGGUGGCUCUGCUGUUUUCUGCCCUCAACAGUUGCCUGGAUCCUGUCAUGUUCUUCUUGUUAUCGUCUUCGGUGAGGAAGGAGGUUUUGCGGUUGGUGAGCCGCGUGCUUUGUGUUCGAGAUGCUGCUGCCAGCAGUAGCAGCAGCUCCACUUUGGACUGGGACAGCAGGACUGUGAGGACUGACAGAGGACCAUCAAACAUCAGCUCAACCAGCAAUUUGAGGGAUAAAGCAGCUUCUAAAUGCAGCUUAGAUGGACUGUAACUGUAGAGCUUCCAUGUUUUCCAAAGUGAACCAGACUGCAGAGGAAGAAGUCAAGAUAUUUGACGUUCUCAUGUGAGUUGACAAUGACUAAAGUUUUCCACCUUUCCACCAAGGCUUGAAAACCAGUUUUAGUAUGGUUACAUGCUUUUUGAAUAAUACAAAGUUUCAGGACAUUACGGGGUCUGACAGAUGGACACCAAUGAGCAACAACAUUAAAAGGACAGAAAGAUGGUGAAUAAUGUCAAUGUUCUGCUGGGAAGCCUUGACUUAUAUUUACAUGGAAGCUAGUCUGACAGAUCUGAACUUUGCCACAGACCUCUUAAUUGCAGCAGCGGCUCCCAUAUCAGGAUAAUACACCCCACCAUUCUGCAAAAAGUGCUCAGAAACACGACAAAGAGCCAGAAGGGCUAACCUAGCCUCAAAAUUUCGCACAUCCUAAUCCAACUAGCCAUCUGUGGGAUGGGCCAGAGCCACCCUGCAGGACCCAACAGAUCCAUCGCCAAGAUCCUGGUUCAAGACACCACAAGAAACCUGAAGAAGUCCUGUGUCAAGAUGGACCUGCACAAAAGUAGCCAGGAGGUUUUAUUAUUGUGGAUCAUUGUCUGUUUCUUGGCAGAACUAGGUUUGCUGAUGUUGCAGAGAUCAUUUUCAAUCACAUAGAAGUCUGUUCUACUUCUUUUCCAAUGGGAGUCUAUCAGGAUGAGUUUAUAGAAUGUCUCUAAUGCAUCUAAAGGUGUAAAUAAACAUGAACCUGCUCAGGAGCUCAUCAGAAAGCCAGUGUAACAGUCACAAAAUGCAAUAGUUAUUGGCCUGGUUGACUACAGGAUAUUCUUGCAGUCACUGUAAUUCCAACUAAAAUUCCAAUUCUAGUCUCGAGCAAUGUCCCGCCCACAGUACUUUCUGAUUGGUUACACAUCGCGAGCAAUCACCAAUCAAUAAAUGUUGAAAAGUUCUCUUGUGAUUAAACAUAUAUAGAACAUAAAUAAAGGAACUUUAAUAAGAA